CGGGGUGCCGGCCUGCCUUUGCGGGGCCUCGCAAGGAGCAGUGCCGCCGCCCGGGCAUCUGCAGAGGGUGACCCCUGGGGCUGCGGGGCAGAGGGCUGUGCCGGGCCCGUUAGGCUCACUAACGCCUCCAUGUUUCUAGGUUUGAGGUUUGGAUUCGCUUUGGAAGUAACAGAGUUGUUGCCUUGCUGUAUCUACAAAACGUUUUUUAGUCUGCUGCUCUUACUCCAAAUAGGAAAAAAAUAGGAGGGAAGGUGGGGAGCAGAGACGGGGGAAAUAUUCCUGCCAGCUAGCCUUAGACACCUGAUGGAGACUAUGCUUCUGUAGUCAAUAGAAAGGAGGCAAGUAUCUCAACACCUGCCAGGAAACAGGAGACUUCACUCUGAAGUAACUGAUAAACAAGUGUGAAGCAUGAGGAUCAACUCCGCUCUUCAGGCUGCGAUUGACCUCACAGCAGGAGCUGCAGGUGGGACAGCAUGCGUGGUGACCGGCCAGCCCUUCGACACCGCAAAGGUGAAGAUGCAGACAUUCCCUGACAUGUACAAAGGAAUUGUUGACUGUUUUGUGAAAACCUAUAAGCAAGUGGGGUUUCGAGGCUUCUACAAGGGAACCACGCCAGCGCUCGUAGCCAACAUUGCAGAGAACUCCGUUCUGUUCAUGUGCUAUGGAUUUUGCCAACAAAUUGUGAGAAGAAUUGUUGGAGUAGACAGGAAAACAAAGCUCAGUGAUCUGCAGAAUGCUGCUGCGGGAUCCUUUGCCUCUGCCUUUGCCACCCUUGUCCUCUGUCCCACAGAGCUGGUGAAGUGCCGGCUGCAGGCCAUGCACGAAAUGCAGUUGUCAGGAAAGAUAAUCCAGGGACACAAUACAGUUUGGUCAGUAGUGAAGGGUGUUAUUCAAAAGGAUGGUCCCCUUGGAUUUUACCGUGGCCUGUCAAGCACUUUGCUGCGGGAAGUCCCAGGCUAUUUCUUCUUCUUUGGAGGAUAUGAACUGAGCCGGACGUUCUUUGCCUCUGGGAGAUCAAAAGAUGAAUUAGGUCCCAUUCCUUUGCUACUGAGUGGAGGUUUUGGAGGCAGCUGUCUGUGGAUUGCUGUGUAUCCUGUGGACUGUGUCAAAUCUAGAAUUCAGGUUCUUUCAAUGGCUGGAAAACAGACAGGCUUCAUGGGAACAUUUGUAACUGUUGUGAGAACUGAAGGUGUACUUGCCUUGUAUUCUGGACUAAAGCCAACUAUGAUCCGAGCAUUCCUGGCCAAUGGGGCGCUGUUCCUUGCCUACGAGUACAGCCGGAAACUUAUGAUGAAACAAAUAGAUUCUUACUGAUACCUUCUAGCAGACAGAGAACAAAAGGUUGUUAAAGGAUCAUUUAAAUAAAGGAUCAAAAACCUGUAGAUCACAUCAUGGUCUGAGCAGGGCCAAAUCAGUGACCUAAUUUUAGGAACUCAACUCCACUUUAGGAUUUUUAAACUUUUAAAUUCAGGUGAUUUUAUAGAGAUGUGUACAUGCUGCUUUGAAUUGGACCAGCAGAACUAUCUCCAUCUUGCCGACUCUGCACUAGGUACUUUACAGGUUAAGAAAAUACACUUGUGAGUGGCAGUGGUGCUAAAAAGGGUUACGUUGAAUUGUUGGGUUUAAUGUAACAUGCAGCAGCAGGCUGUGAUUUGGUUAAGGCAAAGCACUGAUUUAAAAUGUGUGCCGUGGUGGUGAACUUUUUCCCAGUUGUUGCUGGCAAGCGUCUGACUCAAAAUAACCAGUCCUGUCUAAUCUUGCUGAGUAUGACUGACUGGUGUGUAUCCCUCAGCUAGAUGCCUGUCCUCCAGCUCCCUUCUGCUCUGUGGCUUUCCAAGGCCAUGGCAAUUGGGGUCUGAUUCAUGUAUGGGCUCAUGAAAGCCCACCCCCUACCCUGUAUGAGCUGAGAUGUGCCUGCAUUUGAGAUAAAACAUGUAGUUACUGGGUUUAAGGAGUCUGUGCAAAGUUUGUAACAAGUGGGUGGCAACACUUCAUUAUUUUCUAAAUCCUUCCAAGAGGUGCUAGAGGAUACUAAGCACCGCUCAAUUAAACAUUUAACCUAAGGGGGACUGCUGGAAAUAGCUGUUGGCUCAGACCGCAGAAUUGUAACUUCGUGCAGGCUCCUGUUUGAGUCACCUUGACAUGAAUGAGUCUGCUUGAAGGACAGGAAGCUGAAGGGGAGCAGAAAGCCAGAACCGAGUUCUUAACGACAACUGACACCACAGUCUCAUGUGCUGUAGUGCUUUUACUUACUUGGGCUGGAGUCCUGCUGCUUGCUGUGUCUCCUCAGCUGAAUGGAAAAAGCUCAUGUGACUGGGUAGUUCAUAUCACCUUCAGGCCUGGAGGGCAUGCCUGCUUGGUCACAUUACUUGAUUAAACAUGCAGUUAGUCAGUAUUAUCCCAAAUUGGUGCAAUAAGACCUAUUUCUAGAUGCCACUUCUAUUCUUGAAGUAGGAUGUUCUUUAAACAAGCGUGCUCUGCCUUGCAGGGAGCAGCUCCUGCCUACCCUGGCAGAAGGCAAAGCAGGGCUUAGAGCAGUGCAAUUCAUGGCUCAGGCCUGGAGUUGUACAGAGGGAUAUUGCCUGCAUGCAACAUCCAAGAUCAUCAGAGCUACGUAAUGAUUAGCACCUUGUCACAGCAACCACAACUCGUGAGUGACUGACAACAGUCACAGCUGGAACGGCUCAGUUUUGUACGCUACAGCUUCCAUUUCAGACCUCAGAAACAGGAAACGCAGCUUCAGGUGUCAUUGAAAGCAUCUCAGUACCUGCUGCCUGCAGCAGCAGAGCCAGUGUGCACUUAAACUGGCUACUCCACUGCACUGUCACAGCCUCUGAUGAAGGGUGGUUGCUGCAAUUCCACAAACUCUUCCUGCUUCCCCCAGCCUUCCCACACAGCAGGAACUGUUCAUCUCCCUUUCAUAUACCCCUGAGAAAAAGCAGUUACAAGCAGGGCAGGGCUGAAGAAUUUUCAGUAUCAUCUGUUGCAAGAGUUUACCUUGAUUGACCGGUACCCUAGGGGCAGUAAUACUAUGCAUUGUCAGUACUUUAAAAGGCAUUAUGCUAAAUGUUUAAAUAAUUCAGGUACAAGGGUGAGGCUUUAAGAGUAGUUAGACUUUCCCCUCUUUUCUCUUGUCUACCCAAGAGAAAUAGUAUAUUUGUAUGAAAAGGUGAGGACUGAUUCCCCAUCAGCAUAAUACUUCAAUCUAUUUCAUAGAUUUGUCUUUGCUUUCAUUUUUUAAAGCUGAUGGUUGCAGUUUUUAAUACAAAAGUUGAAGCUUCAAGUGAAGCAGGAUAUUUAGAACUGAACCUACAGCAAGAAGGUGGUGGCUGAAAGAAGACAUGCAGUUUGAGAGUUUACCUUUUGAAGUUUAUGUAAGCAGUAAUUUUUUCAUUCACAGCUGCUGAAGGUGUACACAUGUAUCAGUG